AUUCAUUUUUCAAACAUCACGAUUUCCGAUUUGUCCGACUCAUCCUCUUUCUCUCUCUCUCUCUCUUCGAAUCGAAACCCUAGCAAAUCGGAAUUUGUCUCUGAGAUUGAAAUUUUCCCUUUUUAAUGGCGUAAAGCUUCACCAAUUUCGUCAAUUCGGGAUCAAUUUUUGAAUUUUUGAAGAAAGGAAGAGACUUUUUUGAAAAGAGAAAGAAAAUGUCAACAGAGACGACGACGGAAGCAACGCCUUUGAUUUUAACCGACGGAGGAGGAGGAAGGAGAUCGGUGAGGAGACAAGGGUUAAGAGAAGCAGCCAGGUUACUAAGACAUGCAAGUAGCGGGAGGAUGAUGAUGAGAGAGCCAUCGAUGCUUGUUCGUGAAGCAGCGGCUGAGCAGCUUGAAGAGAGGCAAAGCGAUUGGGCUUAUUCCAAGCCUGUAGUGGUUUUGGAUUUCGUUUGGAAUCUCGCUUUUGUUGCUGUUGCUGCAGCUGUUUUGGUACUUAGCAGCGAUGAGAAGCCUAAUAUGCCUCUUAGGGUUUGGAUUAUAGGGUAUGGGUUGCAAUGUAUGAUGCAUAUGGUUUGUGUUUGUGUUGAGUAUCGUAGGAGGAAUAGGAGGAGAAGAAGAGAUAGGAGUCCUAGUUCUCGGUCUUCGUCUUCUUCUUCAUCCUCUUCUAUGGAGGAAAACGAAGGUUUGGGUUUGAAUAGAAACUCUGAAGAUCGAUACUUGGAACUAGGACAACUAGAGAACGAGAACAACAGUUUUGCUAAGCAUCUAGAAUCUGCAAAUACGAUGAUCUCAUUUAUAUGGUGGGUUAUUGGAUUCUAUUGGGUAUCUUCUGGCGGCCAAGAGUUAGCACAAGGAUCCCCUCAGCUUUAUUGGUUGUGUAUAGUCUUCCUUGGUUUCGAUGUGUUCUUUGUGGUAUUCUGCGUUGCAUUGGCUUGUGUUAUUGGCAUUGCUGUUUGCUGCUGCUUACCUUGCAUCAUUGCAGUUCUAUACGCUGUAGCAGAACAGGAAGGAGCUUCGAAAGAAGACAUUGACCAACUUACUAAAUUCAAAUUCCGAAAGGUUGGUGAUUCUGUGAAACACACUGUUGAUGAGGAACAAGCACAAGGAGAUUCAGGAGGAGUCAUGACUGAAUGUGGUACAGAUUCACCCAUUGAACAUACUCUUCCUCAUGACGAUGCAGAAUGCUGCAUUUGUCUGUCGGCUUAUGAAGAUGAGACAGAGCUAAGAGAACUUCCAUGUGGCCACCAUUUUCAUUGCGGUUGUGUGGACAAAUGGCUUUACAUAAAUGCUACUUGUCCUCUUUGCAAAUACAACAUCCUCAAGAAUGGCAACUACGAAGGCGCAGACGAGGAAGUCUAGAUCAGAAGAAGAGAAAACUUGCAAAUAUGCGAAUAUCUGUAUCAUUAGUAGCUGAGGGAACCCAAGAAAAAGGGUUCGACAUUUGAUCAAUUUGUAGUCUUAACAUUGCUUGUUGUAUACACAUUUUAGCUUUGGUUCUGUAUGUUCUGUUGCUGUUAAAAUGUUUUGGUUCAUAGUCGCUCAACAAGUUUUCAUCUUUGUUUCUC